UGCUGGUAUAACCUGUAAGACUCAGCCAUCUUGUGGAAAACGAAGAGAGAGAGCCACUCAACAACACGCAUACAAACCCUGAGCUGUCACAGCUACCAGAGAACGCCAAGGAAAAAUGGCCGAAACCCAGACACUUAACUUUGGACCUGAAUGGCUCCGUGCCCUGUCUGGAGGUGGGGGCGGCGGUGGCGGUGGAAGCAGCAAUGCUGUUACUUCUCCCCCACUCUCACCUGCAUUGCCAAAGUAUAAACUUGCAGACUAUCGUUACGGGAGAGAAGAAAUGUUAGCACUUUAUGUAAAGGACAACAAGAUCCCUAUAGACCUACAUGAUAAGGAGUUUCUACCCAUAUUGCAAGAAGAACCUUUGCCACCUCUGGCACUCGUGUCUUUUACGGAGGAAGAACAGAGAAACUUUUCUAUGUCUGUAAACAGCGCAGCUGUACUCCGGCUGACAGGGCGAGGCAGUGGGCCCAUAGCUGGGGCGCCAAGAGGCCGAAGUACAUCUAGAGGUAGAGGCCGGGGAAGAGGUGAUGGAGGGUUUUACCAAAGAAGUUUUGACGACGUGGAAGGUUUUGGUCGUGGAGGGAGGGAAAUUCAUCGCUCUCAAAGCUGGGAAGAAAGUGAUGACUUUUUUUCUACCAGGGGAGAUAGAAGAUUUGAAAAGCCAGGUCGAAAAGACCCAGAAGCUGCUCCUGGGCAUUUUCAGAUCAAUCACACCCGUCCGGGCACCUACGAGGACGGAGGGACGGGUCUACCCAGGAAGCACGAGUUUACGCGUUCAGAGAGUGAGAACUGGCGUACUUCUCGUGACGAUCAGAACGAUGGGCCUCGGUCUGCAGGGUGGCGGGAACAUCCAGACCAACGUCGGCGCUUCCCAUUUGACGCCAGAGAAGAGGAGCGCGGCUACAGGAGACCAAGGUCAGGCAGCGGCAGCCUGGAGGACGAGCGAGACAGCUUACCAGAGUGGUGUCUGGAGGACGCAGAUGAAGAAGCUGGAACGUUUGAUUCUUCAGGAGCUUUUCUUUCUCUAAAGAAAGCGUCAAAGGAACCAAUCCCAGAAGAAGCAGAGCUCGACUUCAGACCUUUGGAAGAGUGUGACGAAGGUCUGGAGGAGGAAGAUAUUUUACCCAGGGAGACCAAAGAGACAGAGAAAGAAGCCAAAAGAGAACCUCAUCGAAAAGACUCGGCCAGAAGGUCAGAAGACGGUGCGUCUCUUGGUCCAGCCGUGGCUUCAGCAGUCUCAGAGUCGCAGCCCCCUCCUCAGAAUUUGUCUCCAAACCAUCCCAGCAGAACAGACGAGACCGAACGACCAGCUGAGCGCCACCCGCCCCUGGAGCUCCCACCAGAGCCCUGCAAAGCACCGCUUCGUAUUCCCAUGUCUAGUAGCAUCCUGGAGUCGCAUGCCAUGGCCCACAUUUCCACCACCCUGCCCGAGGUUUCUGUUCCGUCAUCCACUGUUCAUCUACCACAGCAAAAACCCAUUGAAAUCCCUGUGGCAAUAAACAAUGCUUUACCCUACACAUCAAAUAUAAUAGUACCUAUAAGCAGAAUCACCACGGUGACGCAUGACACUGAUGAAGAUGAGGGUCUGAAACACUUUGAACAAGAGGCAGAAAAGAUGGUAGCAUACCUCCAGGACAGCGGGGUGGAUGAUGACAGACUUGCAGCAAAGACUUCAGAGAAGCCUAAGCCUGCGGGCCUGCCACUUACCCAUGAAGCCGCUCUCAAGUGGUUUUACAAAGAUCCACAGGGGGAGAUACAGGGUCCGUUCAGCAAUCACGAGAUGUCUGACUGGUUUCAGGCUGGUUACUUCACCAUGUCUCUGUUGGUCAAAAGAGGCUGUGAUGAAGUGUUCCAACCUUUGGGAGAGAUGAUGAAGAUUUGGGGGAGGGUGCCCUUUACUCCAGGCCCUGCACCGCCACCACUACAAGCUGAUGGUGACCAGGAGAGGUUAAAGAGACAGCAGGAGCUCACUGCUCUCAACCUUUACCAGCUGCAGCAGCUGCAAUAUCAAUACCUCCUCAGGCAACAGUAUGCCCAGGCGUUGGCGCAGCAGAAAACUUUAGUGCUCAACUCGGCUCCUCUCCAACAGCAGCAGCAGCACCAACAGCAGAUCAACAUGCUUCUGCAGCAAUACCAGGCUCUAAAGAUAAGUGCUUCUGACAGUCUUCUACCUCCUGUUACCCGAUCCCUGCCAGUCCCUGACUCGGGUUCGGUGUGGGAAAUGCAGAAUCCCUCUUCUCAGGCCUCCUGCACACCAAACCUUCAACAGGCUGCUACAAGCACUUGGGAAGGCAGCAGUGUAUGGGAUUUGCCUAUAGACUCAGUGGCACAAGCUCCAACUAUUGAGCAGAUGCAGCAGUUUGAGAAGGCAAGGUCUGCAAAGUUGGAGCUGGAGAGACGGGAGUCAGAGUUAAGAGCAAAACGGGAGGAAGAAGAAAGGAAACGUUUGGAAGAGGCUCUCAGGGCUCGACAGGAGGAGGAAAGGAAGCGGUUGGAAGAGGAGGAACUGGCUCGGCAAAAACAGGAAGAGGCGCUGAGGCUACAAAGAGAACAAGAGGAGGCACAACGCAGGCAAAAAGAAGAGGAGGAGAGGAAGGCGCAGGAGGAAGCUCUCCGAAGAUUGGAGGAAAGACGGCGGGAAGAAGAGGAGAAAAAGAAACGGGAAGAGUUUCUUCGGAAACAGUUCUCUCUUCAUCAGGAAGAGGAGCGCAGAAAGCAAGAAGAACUGGAGGGGUUGAGAAGGCGCGAGGAGGAGAAGAGGCGAGUGGAGGAGGAGGCCGCUGCUGCAGCUCUUGCACAGCAACAGGAGGAGCAAAAACGAAGAGAGCAGGAGGCCCAAAGACAGCAGGAGCUGCAGAGACAGAGGCAACAGCAACAAGAGGCCCUCAGAAGACUGCAGCAGCAGCAGCAACAGCAGCAGCAGCUCGCACAGAUGAAGCUUCCAUCAUCUUCUAAGUGGGGACAGCAGUCAGCCAACCACAACCACACACAAAAUGCCUUGUCACUGGCCGAGAUCCAGAAACUAGAGGAGGAGCGAGAACGACAGGCAUGCGAGGAGCAGCGACGUCAGCAGCAAGAGCUCCUAAAGCAGCAGCAACAGCAGGCGCUACAACAAGCCCAGCAGUCGCAUGCCAAGCUCUCUGGUUGGGGUAACGUAGCCAAGCAACCCGUUAUCACCAAGUCGUUGCUGGAGAUUCAGAGGGAGGAGGCCCAGCAGAUGAAGCAGCGGAAGGAGCAGCCACACCAACAACAUCCCACCGUCACUCAGCAGACCCGAACUCAAAACAGAACCACGUCGCUGAGUAACUCGGUUUGGGGGUCUGUUAAUACCAGCACCAACUGGGGCUCYGACUCCAGCAGCAUCUGGGGCGAUACCCAGAAUUCAAACAUGGGCUUCUGGGAUGAGGCCAUAAAGGAGGCCGUCCAGCAGCCUCCCCCGACCAAAAAAGGCAACACCCAGAAGAACAACAAAGGCAACGCCAACCUCAGUAACUCUAUGAGUGGGCGAGCCAGUAAGAAGGCUGACGAGGAGGAGAAGCUGCUAAAGUUGUUCCAGGGUGUCAGCAAGAGCCAGCAGGACACAUUUAUGCAGUGGUGUGAGCAAACCCUGCACUCGCUCAACACAGCCAACAAUCUGGAUGUUCCAACGUUUGCAUCCUUCCUGAAGGAAUUGGAUUCUCCUUAUGAGGUGCAUGACUACGUCAGGGCCUAUUUGGGGGACACUCCUGAGUCCAAGGACUUUGCCAAGCAGUUCCUGGAACGUCGUGCCAAACAGAACGCUAAUCAACAGAAACAGUUGCUGCCGAAGCAACAGCAAGCCAAGCAGCAGCAGCAGCAGCAGGACUCUGUGUGGGGUGGAAUGGGAUCUUCAGCCAUCUACCAAUCCAACCAUUCAAGUGGCCAGCAGCAACGAUUUGAGACGGUCACCUCAGGGAAGAAGAAAAAGAAGCAGAAAAUGGUCCGAGCAGACCCAAGCCUUUUAGGUUUUUCUGUGAAUGCAUCAUCUGAGAGGUUGAAUAUGGGGGAAAUCGAAACCUUGGAGGACUUUUAAGGGACUGCAGCCGAGCAAAUCCCAGUGACUGUAUCCAGUUUGAACAGCAGCUGUUUUACCUAAACCCCCAGCCCUCCCUGUUUUCAAAAAAAUGUUUUUUUUUUGUUGUUUCCCAUCAAUCAUUUUCCCCAUUACAGUUUUUUUUUUGUUUUUCGCGUCUUGCAAACUGACCUAUAGCUGGAGCAAACUGGAGAAUGAACCGUCUGCCAGGCCAAAUCGGCACUCUUCAGAGUCGUUGAUCUCUUCUGGCUUCAGUUUGAUUUGGAAACGCUUCUCACAAAAACUCAGAGAUGACAAAUUUGGCCUCUAUAGUAUGUGGAUUUUGUUUUAGGAGUGGAUAUUUGGGUUUCAUAAUAUGUUAAAGGAUAAAAAAAAUACUUUUGUUUUAUUUAUUAAAAGCCCCCACUUCACCCCCUCCCCCUAUCCACCCUCUCUUCUCCCUUUAAUUGUUCGGCUGGUUGUUCAUGGAUACUAACGGCGAAGUAGAGCCCAAGGAUUCAUGCCCACUUAUGUCCUGUUUUAAGGACAUGUUCAAAAGUUCCAACUAGUUAUCUAUUUCUUGUAAAAUACUAGGCUGUUAAAAGAAUAAACUUUCAAUUCUGCAUCUGUAUUAUAAUAUAUGAGAAGGAUCUGCUGGAGUCAUACUUUUUUAUUGCAGUAUGGAAUAAUAAAACAGUCUUAUGUUUGGGCUGUUCA